AUAUCACUUAGCCCAAAUACGCCCGACCCAAACCCAAAUGACCGUCACAUAAAAACCUAAUAAAACCCUAAACACAUCAAUAUUUCUUAGCUGCCUCCUUCAUCCUCUCGCCACUCCACUUCAGGGAAAAGCAAAAUCCUUCGCAUUUCGAAAAUGCCUUUCAAGAGAUACGUGGAGAUCGGAAGGGUUGCUCUUGUCAACUACGGAAAAGAUUAUGGCCAACUCGUCGUCAUCGUUGAUGUUCUUGACCAGAACAGAGUUCUAGUUGAUGCUCCUAACAGGGUUAGAGGUCAAAUGAACUUGAAGAGGCUCUCUUUGACCGACAUCAAGGUCGAGAUUGAGAAGUCACCAAACAAGAAGACCCUCGUCAAAUCUAUGGAGGAUGCUGAUGUUAAGAACAAGUGGGAGAACAGUUCAUGGGGAAGGAAAUUGAUUGUCCAGAAGAGAAGAGCUGCUCUUAAUGACUUUGACAGAUUCAAGAUCAUGGUGGCCAAGAUCAAGAAAUCUGGUGAAGUGAGGCAGGAGCUUGCUAAGUUGAAGAAACAGGCUGCAUAAACUGUUAGGAUUCCAGAUUUUGUUAUUCAAGAUUUAGAAAAUUUUGAGCGACUCUUAUUUUGUUAAGUACCUACCUAUAAUAGCAAGGGAUUUUAUUUCUACUGUCUUGGUUUUUGUAUCAAUACUUUGUGCCUGAGAAAUGAAGCUAUUAAUCUGUUGGUUA